CGGUCUCCCGACUUCCUUCUGCGCGCCUCACAAACCGGGGGAAGUUAAUCACUCCGCUGCCAGCGGCAUCUCGCACUGGGCAUGCUCAGUGGCGAGUGGUAGCCUUGGGCGCCGGGUUUGUGUCGGCGGCCGCCUCGGCUGGGCUUCCCGGAGCGCGGGCUGGGCGCAGCGGCCCCUGAGCCGGGAGCGAGACCCGCCCCGCGGUCCCCACCCGGCCGCCGGGCCCGCGAGAGCCGCGUCGUUCCGGAACCCGGGAGACCCAACUUCGCGCCAAGUUCGAAGCCGCCUUCGGGGGAGCCAUGCAAAUGAUGACCAAAGACAUUUUGUUAGACAUGGAGCUGGAGGAGGACGACGACGAGGAUGGAGAUAUCGGUGAUGUUCCCGCCUCCAACAGGCCUUUACUGAGAACUCAGACUCUCCCAUCCGGUCUGGUGUUGGAAAACCUUAAUCAGAUGAAUGUCUCCAGUUUUGGAAGCCUGGGAAGUCAGCAUGAUUUUCGAUCCCCGGAGUUUGAAGACUUUAAUGGAAAAUCUGACUCACUCUUUUUUAAUGAUGGCCAGCGAAGAAUUGACUUUGUAUUAGUGUAUGAAGAUGAAAGUAAAAAAGAGAACAGUAAAAAAGGUUCAAAUGAGAAACAAAGGAGAAAAAGAAGAGCAUAUGAAUCUAACCUCAUCCAAGAUGGCCUGCAGCUAGAAGCAACGAGAUCCGUCUUGGAUGACAGGCUUGUAUUUCUAAAGGUACAUGCCCCGUGGGAGGUGCUAUGUACAUAUGCUGAGAUAAUGCACAUCAAACUGCCUCUGAAACCCAGCGAUCUGAAAACCCGGUCUUCAGCUUUCGGGAAUUUCAACUGGUUUACGAAAGUCCUCCAAGUGGAUGAAAGUAUCAUCAAGCCAGAGCAAGAGUUUUUCACUGCCCCAUUUGAGAAGAACCGGAUGAACGAUUUUUAUAUUCAUGAUAGAGAUACCUUCUUUAAUCCAGCCACCAGAAGCCGCAUUGUUUACUUCAUCCUCUCUCGGGUCAAGUAUCAAGUAAGCAACAACGUUAAGAAGUUUGGGAUUAACAGACUCGUAAGCUCGGGGAUCUACAAGGCAGCUUUCCCUCUCCAUGAUUGCAACUUCAGCCAGCCGUCGGAGGACCCCAGCUGCCCGAAUGAGCGGUAUCUUCUGUAUAGGGAAUGGGCUCAUCCUCGGAGCAUAUACAAAAAGCAGCCCUUGGAUCUUAUCAGGAAAUACUAUGGAGAGAAGAUCGGAAUCUAUUUUGCUUGGCUGGGAUUUUACACUCAGAUGCUCCUCCUGGCAGCAGUAGUAGGCGUGGCUUGCUUUCUCUAUGGCUUUGUUAAUCGAAAUAACUGCACGUGGAGCAAAGAAGUGUGUGAUCCUAAUAUUGGUGGCAAGAUCAUAAUGUGUCCUCAGUGUGAUUAUUGUCAAUUCUGGAAACUCAAUAUUACUUGCGAGUCCUCACAGAAAUUGUGCAUCUUUGACAGUUUUGGAACCUUAGUCUUUGCAGUAUUUAUGGGGAUAUGGGUUACCUUGUUUUUGGAGUUUUGGAAGCGGCGCCAGGCAGAACUUGAGUAUGAAUGGGACACUGUUGAGUUACAGCAGGAAGAACAACCCCGGCCAGAAUACGAGGCACGGUGCACUCAUGUGGUGACAAAUGAGAUUACUCAGGAACAAGAGCGUGUUCCCUUUACUACGUGGGGGAAAUGUAUACGUGUAGUCCUGUGUACAAGUGCUGUCUUGUUCUGGAUCUUACUGAUCAUUGCCUCAGUUAUUGGGAUCAUUGUCUACAGACUCUCAGUGUUUGUUGUCUUUGCGAAAAUUCGCCCGAGCGGGAAUGGAACAGACCCGAUCCAGAAGUACCUGACUCCACACUUAGCCACGUCCAUCACCGCUUCCCUCAUCAGCUUUGUCAUCAUCAUGAUCCUGAACAUGAUCUAUGAAAAAGUGGCAAUCAUGAUUACUAAUUUUGAACUCCCAAGGACCCAGACUGAUUAUGAGAACAGCCUAACAAUGAAGAUGUUCUUAUUCCAGUUUGUCAACUACUAUUCUUCAUGUUUCUACAUCGCAUUCUUUAAGGGCAAAUUUGUCGGUCAUCCUGGAGAUCUAGUUUAUUACCUGGGAAAAUAUAGAAACGAAGAGUGUGACCCAGGUGGCUGUCUCCUUGAACUGACAACUCAGCUGACAAUAAUCAUGGGAGGAAAAGCAAUCUGGAAUAACAUACAAGAGGUGUUACUUCCCUGGUUGAAGAAUCUAUUUGGACGCUAUUGCACAGUUUCGAGCUCAGAAAAGAUAACCCCACGAUGGGAGCAGGACUACCAUCUGCAACUCAUGGGCAGGCUGGGAUUAUUUUAUGAAUAUCUUGAAAUGAUUAUUCAGUUUGGGUUUGUCACCUUAUUUGUGGCCUCUUUUCCACUGGCCCCUCUGUUGGCUCUGGUGAACAAUAUAUUGGAAAUAAGAGUGGACGCGUGGAAAAUGACUACCCAGUAUAGACGCAUGGUGCCAGAGAAAGCCCAGGACAUCGGAGCGUGGCAGCCCAUCAUGCAAGGAAUAGCGAUUCUGGCUGUGGUGACCAAUGCUAUGAUUAUUGCUUUCACAUCAGACAUGAUCCCCCGCCUGGUGUAUUACUGGUCCUUCUCUGUCCCUCCCUAUGGGAACCACACCCACUAUACCAUGGAGGGAUACAUCAACAACUCUCUCUCCUUCUUCAAUGUCUUGGACUUCAAAAACAGUGACUCUGAAAAUCCAUUCUCUGGGCAAAACCAUACCAUGUGCAGGUAUCGUGACUUCCGCUACCCUCCUGGACACCCGCAAGAGUAUAAACACAACAUCUACUAUUGGCAUGUGAUUGCUGCCAAGCUGGCUUUUAUCAUCGUCAUGGAGCAUAUCAUCUACUCUGUGAAAUUUUUCCUUUCGUAUGCAAUUCCGGACGUAUCGAAAAGCACACAGAGUAAAAUCAAGAGAGAAAAAUACCUAACCCAAAAGCUUCUUCAUGAGAAUCACCUCAAAGAUAUGACCAAAAAUAUGGGGGCCAUAGCUGAGAGCAUAAUAGGAGUCGUAGAUAACAAUUUACGACCAAAAUUAGAAUAAGAGCUUUAUGUUCUGAGAAGCACUUUAAAGAACUUUGCUCUGUCAAAAAAUACUAUGAAUCUCUAAUGAAAAUGCUUAAAAACCACACUUCUAAAGCAGAACGGAUUCUUUUUCUUCUCUGAUGAUUUUUAAGGAGUGUUUCAUUUUUUCACUUUGCCAACUCUCUUCCAGAGUUAUCUUUCCCUUCCAGUGCCAUCAUUAAAGACGACAUGGUAGCUUUUACAUGAUUAAAAAGCCGCUAACGUGGAAUUCAGCUAGAAUGCUGUUUUAAGUGGCAAGGAGACUCGAAUUCAUGCUAUGUAUGUGUAUUACCACAUCCCUACAGAAAAGGAAACCUCAGUUAACAGGAAACACUGGCUCCUUUUUGGCCUGUCUUUCCAUCUCAGAGAAACACUCUGAAUAGAGUGGAAUGAAGAUAGCGAGUCUCUGAAGCACAUUUGUGCUAAUCCACAGUGACACCUUGUAGCUUCCAGGAGCAGUCCUAGAAUGUUCUGUGCCUAAUCAAUGCUGACUGCUUCGCAACUCUGAAGGGAAUAAGAUGACAAAAGCCGGGAAAAUUACAGAUUCAAUAGAAUUGUAACUCCCAUUGAUCAGGAUAAUUAAAUUACCUCUUGUAAAGAUGUAUAGUUUCUUGAAAAAGAAAUGAAAUCAAGUAAUUAAAAUUACAUUUCUAUCAACAUAAUGGUCUGAAAAAGAUAAGCCUAUCAAUUCCCCACCAGUUGCCCCUUAAUCCAUAGCUAAAGUAUGUACAGUAUUACAGAUCAAGCACCACCGCGCAUGGCCCUCUGCACAGCCGUGCUGACGUGAUGGUUAAGAGAAUACCAGGUCUCCUAACCAUCGUCCCUGUAGAGGGGGGCACCUUUCGGCAGGGACUCGGCGUGUCCUUGCAAUCAGCAUCCCGAAGCAUCUGCCCUAGCUAGCUCCACUGUGCCCUCCAUUCUCCUAGUCCCGACCCAGUAACUUGUUUGCAAUUGAAUGUUUGCACCAGGGGAGCAUUUGUGGGGAGGGAGGAGAAAGACAGGAGUAGAUCCAUAUUAUUCCCAGACUCCAAAUCUGACUUGCGCUUCCAGCCUCCCUAAGCCCAGUCAGGCAUCUAGGGUAAAGAAAAAAUGGUCUCAAACCGUGCCAUCAGCUGGAUGCACCUUCCUGCUGAACUCCUGACUGUGCCUCUCUUGCUCUUGAUUUGCUCAGCUGAGCAGCCUUUACAGUGCUUUACUGCCUUUCAGGUGCUAGGCCCUCCGGUAAACUCUGGAGACGGCGUGGGGCCCUCACUCCUCUCCCUUGACUGGUGGCCGGGGAGGGUGCAGGAGAGGGUGUCUGGCACUGGGUUUUUGCUGGACGGGCCGCCACCCACUGGGGUGCUGCUAAAUGCCCAAGUGCCAUAGGAGCCAAGCUGCUCAGAAUCCCAGCAGCAAAAGAAAAGGCAACAUGUUUUAGUGUUUAAGGCUUGUUAUAGUAGAGUAGUCUAACUCCAGUAUUUAUAUGCGAUUCAUCAAAGCAGUUUCUGUACUUUUGAAUUGUCCCAAUGGAGCAAGGACAACAUUUCACUAAUGUUCUUGAUAAUGUUGACGAUGCAAUCAGGCCAGUGCUCGCGGCAGGCUCUCUGAGGUCUGGCUGCGUGGGGAGUGAGAAACGAAUUUGUUCCCCGGGCGACCGUUUCUCAUUCCACACAGCCUGGGCGCAGGUGCCGCCGUUCCAGUCCCCGCUCACCUGUGAUGCGGCUUCCUCUCCAAUUACCUCUGCUCUUCUCCGAACUCUAUCACUGUCUCCUAGUAUUGGAUUUGGCAACUGCUCGUUGUGGAUGGAAGCAUGGAAAAGGAAGUGUUUUUGCCUUAUCUCCUUGUAUAUAAAACUUUAAAAGAAUUGUGCACUUCUGUUUUCAUAAACCAUCUUCCGUACAUUGUCUUCAUGGUCUAAAAUGAACUUCGGUGGACAGGAGGGAAGAAACCCACACUUCUCAAGGCAGCAGAUGAGAUGUAUGACACUGCCUGUGUUCCCCGAACGGCCACGCGGCAGUGGGGGCCCAGGGCGGGCCAAGACCCGACCCUGGGCGGGCCAGCCUAGUGCUGACUUGGCGGCGGUGAAAGCGUGGG